AUGAAUGAGGUGUUUAAGCCUUAUAUGAGGAAAUUCAUACUAGUGUUCUUUGAUGAUAUACUAGUCUACAAUCCAGAUGGAAUCACAUAUGAAGCAUCUCCAACUUACUCUAGAGACACUCCAAAGAACCAGCUAUUUGCAAAGCUCAGCAAGUGUUCAUUUGGCCAAGAUAAGUUAGAGUAUUUGGGGCAUAUCAUCUCUGGUGAGGGAGUAUCUGCUGACCCCCUCAAGGUAGACUGCAUGACAAGAUGUACCACUCCUACAUCCAUCAAAGACUUGAGGAGAUUUCUGGGUCUAACAGGGUAUUAUAGAAGGUUUUUCAAGAAUUAUGGCCUCAUUGCAAAACCAUUAACAGAUCUUUUAAAAAAGAAUAACUUACAUUGGGACAACUCAUCUCAAGUUGCUUUUGAAAAAUUGAAGAAGGUUGUCUCCUCCACACCAGUAUAA